AUGGAUAAUGGUGGAGACGAAGCAGGGGUACUACGAAGCCUCGAGACAUGUUAUGACGGCCCUUCAAAACUGAGGCAUGAACGCUUUCCACUAUCCGAGCAUAUAUGCUGUCUCAAGCCCCAUGUUGACGCUCCUGACUAUGUAAAAACCCAUCCCGUUGUUGAAUUGGAUUCCGCCAUCAGUGACUCCAGCAAGAGUGCUCUGGAGCAAAUGCUCACGAAGAAACUUGCUAUUCGUCAAGGCUCCCCAGGAACUGGUAAAACUUACGUCUUCGUUCUUGCUCUGAAAAUUAUGCUCUCCAAUAUGAAGCCGGAUGACCCGCCUAUCAUUGUCGCGUCUCAGACAAACCAUGCCCUUGACCAGAUAUUGACCCAUAUUUCUCAUUUUGAGAGACAGUACAUUCGCCUGGGGGCUAGGAUUGGUACGCUCGGGCAUGCCUUCAAGACCAGUAAAAGGUUAUUCAAUGCCAUUUCGGAAAUAUUGCAGCCGUCCACACUCUUCAAGCAGUACGGCCUUUUGAAAGCGAAGCAGUAUGAGAGCCUUGAAAAAGGGGCUAAACGCUGGGCGAAUACUGAGGGAGAACAGGAUGAAGCUGACCCUAUAGUAGCCUGGCUUGGAGACCAAGCAGUACCUUUCCAGGUCAGGUGCACUAACGAGGAUUUUGGUUUUGCUGGAGAUGAGUCGGAUCUGGAAGCUCUCGUUUCAAGUAUGAAGCCCCGAAUUGUUCUGAUCGAAGAAGCGGCAGAGGCAAUUGAGGGUCCCUUAGCUGCGGCAUGCUUGGACUCCCUCCAACAACUGAUCCUUGUGGGCGACCAUCAACAGCUUCGUGGACACUGUUCGGUGCAGGACCUUGAAGGGGACCCGUUCUACCUCGAAAUCUCGAUGUUCGAACGCCUCGUGAAGAAUGGAUUAAAAUAUGUUACCCUUCAACGCCAGCGCAGAAUGGUGCCGGAGAUUCGCCAGUUGUUGACACCCAUAUAUGGGACACUACAAGAUCACGAAAGUGUCUACGAACGCGAAGAAGCGCCGGGGAUGGGAAGCAAUCAACUACCAUUGACUUGCGUUAAGCACAAGCUCAGACGAUUCGUCAAAGUCCCAACCGACUGGAAGAAUACGAACGGUGGUUGCGCGCAAGCAUGCGGCGAAAAGCUCAAUUGCGGCCACCCGUGCCUCUUAACCUGCGAUAGCCUCUCCCAUUCAGGGUCAGAUGCGACCAAAUAUGCAACCGGAAGAUGUUCUGCAAGCAUAUCUGCGAAACACCUUGUGCAAGCACUCAUACCUGCUAUUGUGAUUGUGGGGAAAGUCGCAGCGGAGAAUCCAAGGGUCCCGUUGAUGGACAACAUACGGGACUGCAAGCAGCAAGAUAAAAUCAAGAAGUUCCAGGAGCAUGACGCAAUUCUCGAGCAAUUGGCAGAGUUGCAACGGCAGAAAGAGGAGCUGAAACGGGCCUUUCAACCCCUAGAAGCUCACGUACCUGAUACAAAUGGGCACAGCGCAAUCAGUUCAGUUGCGCCACAACUGAAGGCAGAACCCAUGAAUCAGGUUAAGCCGAAAGUGCAGCAACCUGGAGAGAUAGAUCUGAUAGAGCUCUAG